AUGAUGACUUUCGAAGUCAGUCAUCGUGGAAUAUUACUCAAUGAAUUAGAUGGACUUACAACAGAUCGGAAUGAUCUUCAAGCAAAACUAAACGAGGUUGCUUCAAACAAACAGCCUAGCAAACACUUUCUUGCACAAAUUGAUGAAUGGCAACCAACAACUAUCGCGAAGGUAGAACAGGCUGCCGAAUUGGCUCGACGACAGGUCUUCAAAAUCACAAAUUCAAAGUGGGAAGAAAUUACAAGACAGUUUCAAACGCUGUCUCAAGAAUUGAAGGAAUUACAAGAUAAAAAAGGUGUUGUUGAACAGGAUUUAAUUCGAUUGAAACAAGAAAUUCAUCAACUUAAUGAAGAUUUAAAACAAGUAGCGCAAUCAUCGACCAUCGAACUGAAUAUGGAACAGAGUGAUAAAAUCGUAUGGCAACACAUGAUAUAUGUCGAAGAAAAGUCUGUAUCUGCUGGUAAUUAA